CUUCACUCGAGCGUCAUCGAAACGCUUCACGUCAGUCAGGCUGUCUGGUUACACACACUCCGGCCUGGUCAGAAGCAGGUUAGACACUUUCCACGACGUUGUCGCUGAACGUAUAAAGAUAUCGAUCACCAAAGACCAUGAACAGUUUACUUAGAUCCACUGCGAAGUGCCUGCGGACGGGCGCUGCGCUCGGUCCCCACGGACGCGUGUGGUCGGCCCGGUUCCUGUGCGCCGCGGCGGACUUCCAAAAAGACCUUGGUGAGAUGGUGAAGAAGGACAAAGUCGUGGUGUUCAUGAAGGGGACGCGGGCGCAGCCCAUGUGCGGCUUCAGCAAUGCCGUGGUCCAGAUCCUCCGGAUGCACGGGGUGGACGACUAUGCGACGUACAACGUGUUGGAGGACUCCGAGCUCAGGGAAGGAGUCAAGGUCUUCUCCAAUUGGCCCACGAUCCCUCAGGUGUACCUCAGCGGGGAGUUCGUGGGAGGCUGCGACAUCCUGCUCCAGAUGCACCAGAACGGGGAUCUGGUGGAGGAGUUGAAGAAGCUGGGCAUCAGCUCCGCGCUGCUGAAGGCGGAGGAGGAGUCCAAGUAGAGGAAAGGGGACGAACGCCGCAGAGGACACUUUUAUCAGGUUUAAUUAAUCCCCCACUUAGAUGAUCCCAGUCAAACCGACUCUCUCGGCAGCCGUGGGUAAAGUCCACUCCCCCCUCUGGCCACUAAGACGCAACAAGAUAAGAAAUGACAUGUUUCUUCAGUUCUGGACAUUUUGGUUUGUUCCACACCUACAAAGAUCUCGGGGUGCUGCUGCUGCCCCUCUAAAUGUGAACUCAUGUGCCUGGAUCCCAAAUCAGUUUUUUAUAACCCCUUACCCACAUUUGUCAGCUUCAUCCAUUGACAUAUUUUGAUAUAGCAAUAUUGGCGUUCAUUUGGAGUCGUGCUCCUGGACAUAGUUUAUCGGGGCCUUUCUGCUGACGACAAAAAAAAACUAAGAUCCGUAAGUUUGGGGCCAGAAACUGAAAAGGAGCAGCUGACAGAUGCUUUAAAGAUCUAUAUAUCCCAGGGAAAGAGCGGAGUCACAAAUGUUUGAUCUAGUUUUGUUAUUUUUAACUAUAGCAGCUUAAAUAUUUCCCUCAUUUAACACAUGGAGACACUAGUUCCUAGUUUUUAAUUUAAUCAUAUCAAGAGUCACCACAUUCUAUAAUGGUAUCCUUAAAAUAAGUGUUGUAAACAGCCUACAAAAUCCAUACCGGCAUACUGUAUUGGUUGGAAUCACAUGGUUUUGGUGAUGCAGUGCAGUAGAGACCUGCAGACUACAAUAACCCCUCUGAAGGUUGGGAGUGUCAGGUUCCCUCCCUGUGCUUUGAAUCGGGUCAUCUAAUCAUCCAUUCCAUCAGGCCCUGCUGUCCAUCUUUUACCCCCAGCCAGUCUGUUCUGGCCCUGGGUGCACCGAGACCAGGUUUAGAUCUUUGUAUACAGUUUCCUGUGUCACAAACCUUCCAAAUGCACUAGCUGUACAUCGACAGGAUACCAGAAGGAAGAACAGAAAGGGGGCAAUACUGAUGUUCGUACAUUGGGGAUUAAUAGUGCUGAUGUGGGGGUCAUAAUUAUAUGAAUAUGUUGUUUACCAUCUGGCCAAUGGCAUCUUUUAUGCAUUAGCCUUUUGUAGCGGAGGUGACUGCAGACAUGGACCCUACCUCACUGACCUCGUUCAUUUUGACUGAACCGCCCCCAUCUUAACGUCUACAACACACACACACCAUGGUACCCUUUUCUCUUCAUCCUGAAAACCACUUGCAGUACAUUUGGACAAAUGGAAGCAGUUCUGAGUCUGAGGUAUUUGUUAAUUUAUCGCUGAAGGACAAGUCUUAUUUUCUUUGGAGGGGUGGGGAGUGCCCAAGAACCCGGCCAUGUGUCAACCCUCCUGCUGCACAGCUGUAUUAUCAGAGCAAUGGUCAUGUAGUACACUGUAAGAUAUUGUACAUUGAAAACACAUUGUUAAAUGCAUUUUAGCUGCAUGUAAACCCUGCACCAAUUAAAUAUUUUGACAAAUA